CCCGAAAUCGCUGAGACUUUCGCUCCAAAACGACUCUUCAGAGGCUCGUCCUUAGCAGAACAAUGAGUACAGAAGAACCAACAGCGGUUCGCCAGAAUUUGGUGGAUGAAGCUGCCAAAUUCCUGAUGAAUCCAAGUGUGGUUGGUCACGGUGCUGAUAAAAAGAAAGCAUUCUUAAGGAAGAAAGGCUUGAGUGAAGCAGAGAUUGAUGCAGCUUUUGGGAAAGUCCAAGUUCCUGGUGUCAGUCCUGUGGGAGCUGUGGUGCCAUCACAAAUCUCUCAGUUACCUGUCCCUGCAUAUGCAGUUCACCAGCCCCCAACACUGUGGGUGAAAGUACGGGACAUUUGCAACUUCGUGUUCAUUUUGACUGGAGCAUCAUAUGGAGUCUUCUAUUUAUAUAAGAAAUACCUUGGGCCCCUUUUGACGGGAAGAAGAGAGAAAACAGUCGAAGAGAGCAUGAUUGAACUGCAGCAGUCAGUGGUUUCUGUUCUAAAGGAAGUUCAAACGACUCUAGCUUCUCUUGAGCAGACCUUGAGUGCUCAGAGCUUAAGGAUCCAGGCACUGAACACCAAAGAAGAUAAUCAAGUAGUGACACCAAGACAGAUUGAGGAACUCAGAGCAGAAGUAACUUCCUUGAAAGGCCUCCUUAUCAAUAGGUUCAAGUUACAGAAGUAGAUCCACUGGAAGGGUCAACCCAAAGUCUAGAAUCAAACCAAACUUCACGAGGUGAGCUUGUCAAUGCCAGUGAAGUUGUCGACUCUGAGAACGGAAUAAGCAGAGAAGACAGUUUCUCCCUUGCCAGUGCAGAGAAUGGGGGCAGUGCUGACUCUCUCCCUGAUUCCACAGAUGAAAUGUAAUGCGAGAAUGUGCAGAGCUGGAAGUAUAGUGGUGAUAAAUUUGAUAGCAAAAGGUGUAAUGCUGUGUCUUCAUUGCUGUCAUCGGUAAUUCUAUAAAGCUGUGUAUAAAACUGAAUGCAUAAAGUUGCUGUCCCCAAGAGAUGUAUAAUUGAUUUAUAUAUUUUUUCUUGUAUAAUUAUAGAUUUAA